CCUGGGGUUGCCUCAGGUGCCGCUCACGGGCGAUACGAGAAGGUGGAUCUUACCUCUGCACCUUUUCUGAGGUCCCCUAUCUGUCAUCAUGAGUAGUGAAUUCCUGGCGGAGCUGAAUUGGGAGGAAGGGUUCGCCAUCCCGGUGGCGAACGAGGAGAACAAGAUACUGGAAGAUCGGCUGUCAAAGCUGCGGGAUGAAAGGUCAAGCUUUCAAGAUCAGCUACGUGACUUUGAAGAUCGAAUUAAUGCUAUGACUUCUCACUUCAAAAAUGUUAAGCAAGAGUUCUUAUUUACCCAGUCUCUUUGCAAAGCCAGGGAGCAUGAGAUUGAAAGUGAAGAACAUUUUAAGAUGAUUGCUGAAAGAGAACUGGGACGAGUGAAGGAUGAAAUGCAACGACUGGAAAAUGAGAUAACUUCAAUACGGGAAAAGAAAAGUGAUAAGGAAAAUUACAUAUUUAAAAUGACUCAAAAACUGGAUGGUUUGAAAUGUCAAAUGAACUGGGACCAGCAAGCACUGGAGGCAUGGCUGGAAGAAUCGGCUCAUAAAGAUAGUGAUGCCCUCACUCUUCAGAAGUAUGCACGACAAGAUGAUAAUAAAAUUAGGGCACUGACCCUGCAAUUAGAAAGACUGACUGUGGAAUGUAAUCAGAGAAGAAAGGUACUUGACAAUGAACUCGCAGAGACUCUAAGUGCACAGUUAGAAUUGGAUAAAGCAGCCCAAGAUUUUCGUAAGAUUCAUAAUGAAAGGCAAGAACUCAUUCAACAGUGGGAGAACACAAUAGAACAGAUGCAGAAGAGAGAUCGAGACAUCGAUAACUGUGCCUUGGCAUUAGCAAAGAUAAAGCAGGAAAUAAGAGAAAAAGAAAAUUUGGUUAAGGAAAAGAUCAAGUUUUUGGAAAGUGAGAUUGGAAAUAACACAGAGUAUGAGAAAAAAAUUUCUGUUGCUGAUCGUAAAGUUUUAAAAUGUAGAACGGAAUAUCAAUGUCAUGAAACUAAGAGAAUUCAGCUGAAGGAUGAGCUGGAUUCUUUAAAAGCCACUGUGAAUAGAAGUUCCAGUGAUUUAGAAGCUCUGAGGAAAAAUAUUUCCAAAAUAAAGAAGGACAUUAAUGAAGAAACAACAAGGUUACACAAAAUUAAAAAUCAUAAUCAGAUUGUAAGAAAAAAAUUAACGCAGAUAACUGAGAAAACUACGUCUGUAGAGGAGAAAGCUACCAACUUGGAAGACAUGCUAAGGGAGGAAGAAAGAGGUGUGAAAGAAGUAGAAGUUCAGUUGAACAUAGUGAAGGAUGUGCUAUUUAAGAAAGUUCAGGAAUUACAGACUGAGACAAUGAAAGAAAAAGCUGUUGUAUCUGAAAUUGAAGGAACCCGUUCUUCUCUAAAGCACCUCAACCAUCAGUUACAUAAACUGGACUUUGAAACCUUACAGCAGCAAGAAAUUAUGUACAGUCAGGAUUUUUACAUUCAACAAGUGGAACGCCGAAUGUCACGGUUAAAGGGAGAAAUUAACUCAGAAGAAAAGCAAGCCCUUGAAGCAAAAACUGUUGAACUUCAAAAGACAUUGGAAGAGAAAAAAUCUACGUUUAACCUUUUGGAAACACAGAUCAAGAAGCUUCAUAAUGAUCUUUACUUUAUCAAGAAGUCAAAUAGUAAAAAUUGUGAUGAAAAACAGUCCCUCAUGACCAAAAUAAAUGAACUAAAUCUCUUCAAUGACAGAUCAGAGAAAGAACUUAAUAAAGCCAAAGCUUUGAAACAGGAUUUGAUGAUAGAAGACAAUCUUUUAAAACUUGAGGUUAAACGUAUUCGAGAAAUGCUUCACAGUAAGGCAGAAGAAGUUCUUUCUCUGGAAGAAAGAAAACAGCAAUUACACACUGCUAUGGAAGAACGGACCGAAGAAAUUAAGGUUCACAAAAAAAUGCUUGCAUCACAAAUAAGAUGUGUUGAUCAAGAACGGCAAAAUAUAAGUGCUGAGUUUCAUGAGCGGCUAAGUAAAAUUGAUAAGCUGAAGAAUAGAUAUGAAAUUCUUACUGUUGUUAUGCUGCCUCCUGAGGGAGAAGAGGAGAAAACGCAGGCCUAUUAUGUAAUAAAGGCUGCUCAAGAAAAAGAAGAACUUCAAAGAGAAGGUGACAGUUUGGAUGCUAAGAUCAACAAAGCUGAAAAAGAAAUCUAUGCUCUAGGAAACACCUUGCAAGUGCUGAACAGCUGCAACAACAAUUACAAACAAUCUUUUAAGAAAGUGACUCCAUCUAGUGCUGAGUAUGAGGUAAAAAUUCAGCUAGAAGAACAAAAGAGAGCUGUUGAUGAAAAACACAGAUACAAACAAAGACAAAUCAGAGAACUACAGGAAGAUAUCCAGAGCAUGGAAAAUACUUUAGCAGUUAUAGAACGUUUAACAAAUAAUGUCAAAGAAAAAAUAUCAGAGAAGCAAGCUUACGCACUUCAACUAAGGAGAGAAACUGAGGAGCAGAAGCCAAAAUUAGAGAGAGUAACUAAACAGUGUGCAAAACUCAUCAAGGAAAUCCGUCUUUUUAAAGACACGAAAGAUGAAACACUAGAAGAACAAGACAUCAAACUUCGUGAAGUGAAACAGCUUCACAAGAUCAUUGAUGAAAUGUUAGUUGAUAUCACAGAAGAAAAUGCUGAGAUUGGUAUUAUCCUUCAAACAUACUUUCAACAGAGUGGUUUAGUACUACCUACAGCUAGUACUAAAGGGAGUCAUCACAGUUCUAGAUCUCCUUCCCAGACUUCACUGGUAUCAGCAAGGUCAUCUAAGAGUACAAGUACUUCUGCUUCUCAGACUUCAAUUAAAGUAUUAGAGCUGAACUUCCCAGCCUCUUCACUAACUGGCAGCACUUCUAAACCAACUAGUGCUAGCAGUGGCUCCAGUAAUGGUAAAAGCAAAAAGAGCAGCAAAUAAACAUUUUAAUCUCUCUUUUGAACAAGUUGUAAACACAAAACCAAAAAUCUCAUUAUUUUAAAAUAGUAUAUCCCACUCUAUGCUUUGGGUGCCUUAUACUGAUAUACAGGCCUACUGAAACAGUGUUAGAAAUACAGUAUGACCAGACAAAAGUUUUAUCCAGUGGAAAAUAUAAAAACUGUUAAAAAAAAAAAAAGUCAAGCUAUUUGGGUCCAAAUAAGCCAAAGAAAUGUUUAAUUUUCUUAGCUUUUUUCCUACUAUUUUUUUCACAUAGAGGGAAAGCAGUAAGAACAGAUUCUUAACAAGCAUACGUGUUAUACAAGCAUAGGGUUAUGAUAUUUUCCACUGUUAUUUUGUUUAUCUUUUACCCUGGAAGAUCCUGAAAUUAGGUUUUAUUAAAAGAAACAUACUUCCCAGACUUCGGGGGAAGAAAUCUGUUAGUUUCUUCCUUUAGCAUAAUUAAAAAAUUUUUAGUCAAAAAAUGGCAUUACCU